UCGCCAGUGAGAGGGAGAUAACUGUAAUCUGUGCUCUCACACAUACUGUAUGUCAGUGCGUCAUAGAUUUUGCUGAGGGAAUGAGCUCUCACUCCCACUGGAAUUUCGCUGUCAUUACAAAACUGAAUGGAAGUGGACAGCUUAGCCGGCUGCUAGCUUUCGGCAAUGUUGUUAGCAUAAUGAUAUCACAGCGGGACAGCGGGGAUUUCGCUCGUUUUUAUACCGUCACGGAACCCACGAAGCACCGGAAAGGCUACACAGUAUACAAAGUCACCGCGCGGAUCAUUUCUCGGAAGAACCCAGAGGACGUUCAAGAGAUCACGGUUUGGAAGAGGUACAGCGACUUUCGGAAACUUCACCACAACCUUUGGCAGCUGCACAAGAAAGUUUGUAGUCAAUCGGAGCUUUUCCCUCCCUUUGCAAAGGCCAAAGUGUUUGGUCGCUUCGAUGACUCCGUGAUUGAGGAGAGGAGACAGUGCUUGGAGGAUCUGCUGCAAUUCUCUGCCAACAUUCCCGCUCUGUACAGCAGCCAGCACAUCCAGGAGUUCUUCAAGGGCGGUGAGGUCCACGACAGCUCGGAGCUCAUCGGACCGUCUGAGCCCUUCUCCGAAUUCCUGGCUGACACUUUGUCAGACUCCAGCUCGGAUGUUCAAAGACACCUCAGUUGUACAGAAGAUUUGACAUUCACGUCCGAGUAUGGAGGCCCGUCCAGUGAGAGCAGUGACUUGGUCUCUCUGGCUGUAGACACGGACUCACUGGCUGAGCUCGAUGAUGGCAUGGCCUUGGGCUGCAAUUCCCCGAAGCAGCCGCACGGGGGCGCCGCCAGCAUUAGCAGCAACAGCAGCAGCAGUCCUCGCUUGCCCUCCGCUCAGGAUCAUUGCAGCCCACCGUCACCCGCCCUCUCCUCUCCCGGCUCCUUGGCCCCAAAGCCGGAGGUCAGCCGGCCUGGCCGUGGGUCGCUAUUCUCCAAGAAAGCCGGCGGCCUCAAGGAAAAGCUGAAGGCCGACUAUUUGGACAAAGCCGGCGAGCUUAUCCGGGUGGCUGCACAGAAGGAGAAGGAUCACGACUACCGGGCGGCGUUCUCCUUCUACCGCAGCGGGGUGGACCUGCUGCUGCAAGGUGUUCAAGGUGAGCCCAGCCCCACGCGGCGAGAGGCAGUGAAGAAGAAGACUGCCGAGUACCUGAUGCGAGCGGAGCAAAUAUCCAGUCAGCAUCUUGGCAGCAACAUGGGCCAAGGGUCUACCCAGACAUUGAUGAUGGGGGCGCAGUGCUGUUCGUCCACCAGCGGAGAGAGCCAGCCCAGUCUUUCCGAUGAUCUUGCUGCUUACAGGGUGUUGGGCGUCAUCGAUAAGGUUCUUUUGGUCAUGGACAAGAGAACACGAGAGAUGUUCGUCAUGAAAGGUUUGAGGAAGAGCAGCGACUGCAGCCAACUCAAGAAGAACAUCACGCCUCGCUCGGUGCCCCACAUGGUGCGACUCAAGAAGCUGAUGGACUCCGAGGACACCGUCUUCUUGCUGCUGCAGCACGCCGAGGGUGGAAAGCUGUGGUCACACAUUGGAAAAUACCUGCGGAAUUCCAAUCUGGAGGAGAGCUUUGACAUUCCUUUCAUCCAGAAGAGCCAUACGGUAGCCGUGCACUCGCCGCAAUAUGCUGCGCCGCAACCUGCUGUGAAUUCAGCGAGUUCCAGCUCUGGACCUGCUCCUUGUUUUUCUGAUUCUGCGCUGCAUGUAAACAAGGAGGUCGAUGACCUGGCCGCCUCUCCUUGCAAAAGCGGCCUCUUCGCCAGGCUUCGCAAAAAAGUCCUCGCCCACACAGACUCGGGCGCAACCUCCGAGGAGGAGUGCACCAACAGUUAUUUAACACUUUGCAACGAGUACGAGCGGGAGAAAGUGGAGCCGGGCGCUCUCGAGGUGGACGACGAUGCGAGUAGCGAGCAGGAAGUGUCGUUUGACGUGGCGACCGGAACGGCCACCGCCUCCUCGCGGAGCCGCUCGCUGCUCAGCAACGACAGCCCGUCGUCGCCCUUUGGCCGUCAGGAGCUCGGCUUUUUCGCAGACCCGCGUGACGGGAGGCGGGAUGGUGAGGGGCUGGACCCCGGCGAUGCUUUACGCUCGUCGCCAUCUUCGGCUGAGCCGCUGUCUCUGGAUCAGUCCAAGCACACGCCCAUGGAGUUUUUCCGCAUCGACAGCAAAGACAGCGCAAGCGAGGUGACCUGCCAAGACUGGGAACAGCAGCAGCAACAGCAGCAGCAACCACCCGCCUCCCAGAAAGUCUUUCGAGAUCUUCCCGAGCUGGCUCCGGAAGUCGAGGGCCACAACGCACAACUUUGGGGCUUAGAUUAUAGCGAUAAAGGAUCCAAUGAGUCAGUGCCGGUCAUUUCUUUUAAAGAGGCGGCAGUCGAGGAUGAGGGUCAUCCGCCGGACCUCUUGGUCAAUCUUCCCGUAAUAAGCGGGGCCGCUGACUCUCAACAAGAGGAACGGGAAACUUGCAUGCUGCAUCCGGGCCUUAAGGUCAUGACCUCUCCUCAAAGGUCUAUCAAGCCGGAUGUUUUACAGCUCCCCGGCCAGCCGGAGAAAGAGGAAGAGCAGCAGCCUUCAUCUUUGUGUGCAGCCUCUGCAAAAUGUGACCCCGGGGUUGCAUCUUCAUCCGGAUCGACCUCCCUCCAGGAUGACUCCAGCUCGACUUUGGGACAAAAGGAGAAAGGAAAAAUGCCAGUUGAACCCUCAUGUCAAAAUAAUGAGUCUUUGCUCGAUGCAGCCCUGCCGGCGGCAGCCUCCCCGAGUGACGAAGCAAUGCACACCGGCGUGAUGGCAAACGUUGAAGCUCAGGCCCGCGAGAAUUCCACGGAGGGCAACGCGGAGUCGUCAGCAGUUCGACCCGACGCAGUCGAAUUCGACAACGCAGUGUCGCGGCUGUUCGCGGAGCUGGAUGAGUUGUCGCUGGCUGCAUCCCGGGCUCGUAUUCCGGAGGCGUUCGUCCGAUGCUGGGCCGUCGAACUGGUUACGGCGCUGGAUUGCCUGCACCAGGAGGGCAUCAUCUGUCGAGACCUCAAUCCCAACAACAUCCUCCUCGAUCGCCAAGGUCAUGUUCAGCUAACUUACUUCUGCAGCUGGAGUGAUGUGGAGGAGUCCUGCGACAAAGAGGCCGUCGCGAACAUGUACUGCGCACCGGAGGUGGGCGGCAUCGGCGAGGAGACGGCCGCGUGUGAUUGGUGGAGUUUGGGCGCCAUCUUGUUUGAGCUCCUAACAAGCACGGUGCUCUGUCCUCCUCCUCCCGACGCUCCCGCGCCGGCCAGCCCAGGCUCAGCGGGGUGUCCCUUCCCCGGUUUCGUCACUUUUUUGUCGCUGCUCCAGUGCCAUCCAGCGGGAAUCGGACGUCACACGGCGCUCAACAUCCCCGAGUCGGUGUCUGAGGAAGCCCGCUCGCUGCUGGAACAGUUGCUGCAAUACAACCCCACAGAGAGGCUGGGCGCGGGAGUGGCCGGCGUCGACGAUAUCAAAUCGCACCCCUUCUUUGCCAAAGUGGACUGGACCAAGUAGAUGCCGCCCACACACCCCUUUCAGAGAUGCAUGCUUGGCAAACUGGCCAUCACUGUUACACUCCAGGUGGACAAAAUAGGCACAAAAAAAAAUAAAAAAAUCCAUUCGUACAUU